AAAAGUGUGACGGGUGCUGGAACUGAAAAACCCUGCCAAAGAAUCGAUCCAUUUUGCUCGUCUAGUGAGUGUCAAAUACUAUUAUCCACUUCACUACUGAAACGCGAGACCCCGUUUUUCUCGGCGCUCUAAAACCCUUCGUUUUCUUUUCCCGCCUAAAACCCUACCUCUUAGAUUACUGUCUGCUACUUCCAUUCCUCUGAUUCGAUGUGUAACCAUUGAAUGCGUAGCGAUCAUCGCAAUGGUCACUUCUAGAGACGUUCAAGAGAUUGUGGAAAAGCUUUCAUCCGAUAAAGUCAAAGCUCGCGAGGAAGGGAUUAAGUUGUUAAGCACUUGGUUAGAAGGAGGAAGCUCACAUAACUUCUGCAAAUUUAUUGGACUGAAUACUGCAAAGCUUAGACCAGAUGAAAUUCCUCACUCUGAAACAUGGCCUUUUCUUAUUUCUAUACUUAUUAAAUCUGCAUCGUCGGAAAUAUCCUCAAGUAAGCGGAGAAAUCCAAAAUUGAUAUAUGCGAAGACUCUUAGAAUUGUUGUGCAACGUGCGGAGGAUGCCAAAUGUUCAGGCAAAAUGUUACCUUUGUCAUCUGUAAUUAAACCACUUUUUAAUCAUGUGUGGGAUGUCCUGAGCAAUGUUCCAAGCUUUCAUUAUGAAUAUGGGAUUAUCCUCCGGCAUCUAUUGUCGGUUAGGGAUUAUAGUUUCCAGAUGAGGAAGCGCGUUUACUGCAACCUGGUGUUUCUGUACAUUGAGAAAGUUGAAGUGAGCUUGGACGGAAAAAAUAUUAGUAAUUCUACUUCCAAUGAGGAGGUCUUUCGCUGUAUCUUGACCCUUCGUUCUCUUUUGAAAUAUCCUCCUGGGGACUAUCCUGAUAAUGUAAGAGAAGACAUUGUCAAGGGGUUUGUUAGAAUUUGUUCAUUCAUCAGGGAAGAGGGCAAGAUAUCACGUAAACUUGUUGAGUGUAUUAAUACAUAUUUGUUAAAUGAUGGUCCAAAUUUGGGCUCUCGGUUGUUUGAUAUUCAUAAUGCCAUGCAGCAGUUUGUGUUUCGCAGUUGGUUGACAACACAUGAUCGAGUUCUUAAGGAUUCACUUGUGUUUUAUGCAAGGAUACAAUUGAAUUUAAUGAGAGGUGCAGCUGAUAGGUGUUUAUUGGUAGAACAACUUUUGGAUGUGAUUUGCAAGGAUCUGGAUCAAGGUAGUAUGUCUAGUACUUCAAUGCUGCGUGGUGAUGGAAAUAAAGACGAUAAACUAGGAGCUUUGAGUAGCUCACAAUGUGGAUUGGUGGAACUUGCAGCAAUUUUAUUUUACAGGGCAUGCUUGAAUACAACAAGAGCCUCAUUAUGCGAGAAACGGGUUAAGAGGGAGCCUGCUGCUGUGAUCCUGAGGGAGGCACUCAUGAAAGGCAAAUGGCUAUGGAAUGCUGCAUUUUGUUCUCUCACUCGCAACUACCAUACUCGCAUUUGCAAAGAUCUUUUUCUCUACUGGUUUGAAGGCAUUUAUAUGAGCUUUGACAGAAUCCUGAGUUCUGCAAAUGUUGAUCGGACCUAUGAUGGUUUGUUAUGGACUCUGAGGAGUUUGCAGGAACUUUCUUCUGUACUGUUGCUUCCAAAUUCAAGGAUGGAGAUAUCUUCAAUGGCUUCUUCUACCUUAAGCGAAUUCGUCAAUGGUUGGCAACUACUGUGGAGUACUAUUGUGCACGGGUUACCAAUUUUUAGCAAUAUAAAUGCUCUUGUUGAUGCUGCUUUGGUGCUGCUUAGUAAUAUAAUCUCAAAUGAUUUUGUAAAUACAUGCGUGAUACCUCAAGAUGUGUGGGACCUUCAGUUUUUCAAAAGACCAACAUCAAUAUCCAUCUUGUAUUUCUUCUCAUGUUACUUUUCACGAAAAAAUUCUCAUGCUGAUCUCCGAGAUAUUUUACAUUUAAGGAAAAACCUUUUAAGAUCAACAUUGUGUCAUCUUAAUUGGAAGGGUUAUUCAACCUUGAACGAGCGAAUGGUUUUGUUCAUUGCUAGUGCUUUGUACGCACUUUGUGUAGGUUAUGUUCCUUUUACUCAAUGCUUUAAAGAAGUUCCUCUAGUUCACAACUAUUUUGACGUCAUUGAUACUCAAGAUGACUCUCAUAAGUUUGAAGACCCCAAACAGCAAUGUCUACUUGAGUUUUUGGAUUGCUCUCUGGAAGUUCUCACAGAAAUUGACAAGAUUUCUAAAGCUGAGGUUCCCCAAGUGAAAGUACGUCCACAUGUUCGGGUUCCCCGGGAAAUAAGUGAGCAGCUAUUGCGUGAAAUGGAGACCUCUAUUCUUGGAGCUUUGGUGGAAGAUGAGAUUAAAGAGAGGCGUUUGCCUGAUACUUUCUUAAUAUGUUCUCUUUUGUCUAACCUACUUUAUGGUUAUUUUUUCACAAGGAAAAUUAAUGUUUCAUUUUGUUCAAAAUUAAGCCAAUAUUUGCAACUGAUGCUUGACAAUGCUGUAAGAAUUAUUCAAGAAGACAGUGACCUCCGGGCUUUUAGUUGCUUAGGUUAUGAUCCAACUUGUGAUGAUAUGGGUCCUCUUGUUUCUUCCAUUCAUUGUUUUCUUUCAUCUCCUAUAUUUAAUGAAUUGAGGGAUCAAAAUUUGAUGGGCUUUGUCCCAUUUGACGAGUUAAUCCAAUCUGUAGAAAGACUCUUGAAGGCUUUUGUUAAUCUAUAUGAAAGUUAUUCUCGGGAUAUGAUGAAUCAUCAGUCUGAUACAAUCAUACCAGAUAUGGCCGCUACUUAUAGUAUUCAAAGUUCUUGUCCAAAUGCCAGUAGCAAAAGCAGGAUUAUGGAUUGGGAUUUGGAUGUUAAUGAAGAUUCUAAAGAGGUUGACAGUUUACCUGUUGGUAAAAAAGUAGGCAGUGAUGUUUCAUCUUCUUCAGAAAAAUGGAAAAUGGGCAUGAUAUCCCUUAUUUCCAGUUUUUUCUCUGCUUCGGCACUUACAUGGGAUAUCCUAUUUAAGCUAAUGGAGAAAGAAAAUGAUUCUAAGGUGCGUGGGAAAAUAUUGUAUCAUCUCUGUCAACAUCCUCUAUGGUCUUCUUCUGAAAAAUUUAUUAAUUUGGUCAAUAUAAUGAGUGAUAUCAUUAUCGAGCAAGUUGAACUUAAGCUUGCUUGUGAUAAUGUAUUGACUUCUACUCAUACUUUACUAACUAACUUGUCUUCCCUUGAUGAUGUUGGUAAGGACAAAUGUGGCCUGUAUUUAAUGGAAGUGGAAACUGAACAGUGCUUUCUGUCACUAGGAAAAGUGGUGCAUAAACUUUCAGAAGUUGAUCUUGAUUGGUUUGGACGGGUGAAGCUGAUUGAUUGCAUUUGCAAUCUUGUUUUACUCCAUCCUCAAAUUGGUCAGACUAUGAUAGAACGGUUAUUUUUGAUGCUUAAAGAUAUGGACUAUCGAGUUCGGUUAUUCCUGGCAAGGAGGAUUGGUGUUCUUUUCCAGACAUGGGAUGGUCACGAGGAGCUUUUUCAGGACAUUUGUUUGAAUUUUGGUGUUCAGAUGGUCGUUUAUUCCAAAGGAAAAGUCAUUGAUGCGAAGGAGGUGCUAGCUGCUGGUCCUCAGCCUCAACCUAUAAUGGAAACAGUUGUGGUUACUCUUAUGCAUCUUGCUUUACAGAGUGAGAAGAUUGAGUUAGAGGCUGUUUUCAUGAUAUGUGUGAUUUCGGCCAUUGAUCCUUGUCAUAGGGAAUUGGUCUCUAUGGUACUCAACAAUAUUUCUAGAGAGCUUCAGUACAUGAAUAGAAUGAAGUACCUAGAAGAGCUUUUUGGAUCAAUUAUCUUUUGUUGGGUAGCUUGUGGUGUAAACUUAGCAGCACUUGUUGAGACAAGGCACCUUUUCUUACCCGAUGCAGAACCUGAUCAUUUCCUCCAAUAUUGUUGUCCAUGGCUACUUCCUGCUCUUCUUAUCAAUGAAAACAGUUCUGAUCUCAAUUGGGUUGCCAAGGUCACUUGUCAACCUUUGACAGUUCUUAUAAAAAACCACUUCACAUCGAUAUUUUCAAUUUCUAUGGCUUUGCAUUGCAGUAAGAAACCGGGAUCUGAGAAGGGAACACUAGUGCUUCAGAGUUCCAUUUUGCAUUUUGCACAGAUAUCUGAGAAAGAACGAGACAAACUCAUAAAGAGACACAUGGUCUCUAUUGUCAGCUGCGUUUUAUCUUUGUGCUCUUGUUCAUCAAAUGCCAUAGCCCCCUUUUUUUCAAGGGAAACAGUGUUGCUUGAAAUUCAGACAAUUGUUGAUGGAUUUUUGGAUUUGGAUGAUAAUCAUGCAAGUGCUUCUGUUGUUGACAAGAUCAACAUUUUUCGCCCAGAUAGAGUUUUCAUGUUUUUGGUAGAAAUUCAUUUUAAAAUUGCAGCAGCAUCUCAUUACAGGCAUAAGUGCCAUCGAUUGGCUGGAAUUGAGGUUCUUAUUAGUAUUCUUGGUCAGAGAGCUUCUGUUUUAAGCACUUCCAAUUACCUUUUCAAUUUGAUGGGGUCCUUGAUUGAAUGUCAUGCUUUACAAGACCAAUGUUGUCGUAUACUUUCUGCAUUGUUGCUACAUUUCAAAAAUAAUCUAUCUGCAGAAGCGACCAGUAUGCUUGGGGAACAGCUCCAGUUUCUUGUUUCCAAAUUGGUGGAAUGUUGCAUUCCUUCUAAAACCAAAGAAUCGUAUGAUAGCACUGCAUCACAGGCUUUAUCUCUGCUCCGAAUCUUAACUGUGGAUUCUGAUUCAUCUAUGUAUGAUUAUGUUAAAGAAUUGGAGCCAUUUCCUGAAUUAAGAAUAUUUGAUGAGAUAAGUAAGUUCCAUGAAGAAUUAUGCCACACUUACUCUAUACGCGGCCACUUAUUGAAGUUUGUAAAGAAGUCUUGCUACCUUCCGCCAAGGUUUCUUUUAUCAAGUCUCCAGGCAUUGCACAAGAAGUUAAUGAAUGUAGAAGCAUUUCAAAGAGGAGGGGAAGCAGAAGUCUACUUUAAAGACAAAUAUUGGCAUGGUGAUCAUGAAAUUGUGCAUGCAGUCUGGAAACUUUUUCACAUGUGUGGCUCUGAUGAUGCAAAUGAAGCUCGAGAAUUGGUUUCAGAUUUCAUUUCUAGGGUUGGUGCUGGAGACCCAUACUCUGUUGUUUUUCAUCUUCCUGGCGAGAUUAGCCAUAUUCGUCUUGGUAAAUCUACUGAUAUCAGCAGGGCUAUGGAAGUCAGUUCUGACUCGGAUGUAUGCAUAUCUGAAGAACUUUUAGUUGUCCUUAUGAGAAUUCUAAUGAAAUAUCUGAUGGAUGAUUCAGUGAAAAUUGUUGAUAUGGCAUCACAAACUCUUCGUGGAAUACUUUCAACUGAAAGAGGCCAAAGUGCUUUACAGUCAUUUGAUUCAUAUCAGAAGUCUCUAAUUGAGGUGCAUUCCAAAGGUGUCAACAUUGAACUAGUAGAAAAUCUCCUUAUGGAUCAAGAAAGGAAGUCGAAAGCUGAAGCAAUUUCAUUGGAGAAGUCCACUGUGUGGGAGACAGAUGGUAAAACUUUUGAGAUCUGGAUUUGUCCGUUGGUGUAUUCACUUAUUGUGUACUGCAAUGACAUUAUCCUAAGGUUGUGUCAAGAUAUUAUAUUGUUUAAAGGUGAAGUUGCAGAGCUUCUUUUGCCAAGUAUUUUUGUCAAUAUAUCUGCAAGGAAGGAUCUGGAGAUCGAUCUUCACAAAUUAAUCUGUCUGCAGUUGAAGGAGCAUAUAUUUGUAGAGUCGAAUAAGUUGAUGAAAUCCAUUCAAGUGGUUUUGAAUUGUCUUAAUGAACUUCGAAUUCGUCAUGUCAUGGAGAGAUCUUCAUUUGUGCCGUCAAGGCGUGAUGUGUCAAAGAAUUCAAGGCCUUCAAGUUAUAAUUCUAAAACCCGGUCCACUCCUGCAAAGGCAAGAGAAUCUGCAGUUGUUUCAAGUGCCUUGGCAAAGUUAACGCCCUCAUGGGAGAAAGUUUAUUGGGUCUCCAUUGACUAUCUACUUGUUGCCAAGUUGGCAGCUAGUUGUGGAUCAUAUUUUACUUCAGUGAUGUAUGUAGAACAUUGGUGUGAAGAGCAAUUUAAAACUUUGACAAUUGGAGGUCCAGAUUUCUCCCAAAAUGAAAUGUUGCCAGAUCAUAUUGAAAUACUUGUUUCGGCAGUCACUAGAAUCAAUGAACCAGAUAGCUUAUAUGGAAUUCUUCAGUCUCACAAGGUUAGUGAACAUUUCCUUCUGAUAGCUUUAUCACAUAAUUCUGGGUUCUAUAGUUUAAGGCUUUAUUGCAAAAUUGAAGACAUAUUUGCUCUCAAGCAACUUGUGAAACGUCUUCUAAGGUAUCUUGGAGGUUCUGUUGAUCUGUGUCUGCUCUUUCAUCCUGCAACAAGUGCAUCUCCCCUUGCUUUACAGGCCUUUUCAGAUGCUGAUUGGGCAUCUGAUGUAGAUGAUUGA